AUGAACUCCGUCUCUUCCCUCUCCCAACUUCCGAACAUCCCACCUUCUUUGGCUCAUACCUCCUCCUCCUCCUCCUCCUCAUCCUCCAGCUUCAAUAACCUAGUCCGGGAGGCGAUCGUGAGGCAGAAAGGUGAGCCUGUGUGUGUUCAAGUUGUAAGUCCAGGACUUCAUGUUUUUACUUAUGCUAGACUGGAUACUCCAUGGCAUAAAGCACAAGUACUUGGUGAGAGUUUGAAGGAGAUGUUGAGGAGUACUGGAGAUAAAGAAAUUGCUGCAAAGGAGAUGGUGGAGAAGUUGAUGGGAAAAAGAGUGAAGGUUGAGAAUGAUAGGUUGCCAAACACUGGGUGUGACUCUGAUUGGGAACACAGACUGAGUUCAAACUAUGUUGAAACGGACACCGAACUGGGAGUGUUUGGGACAAAGAGUACAAGGGUAUUGGCAGUGAAAACAGAUGGAGAAACAUGUUUCUAUGAGAAGUACUUGGAGGAAGGAGUGUGGAAAGAGCAUAGUGUGCAGUACCAUUUAGAUGUUUGA